AUGCCUGAAAUCAACGACGACAAAGCUCAGCAUGUGAUUCCAUUCAUACUGCCGUUGCUGUCGCAGCACCAAGAGCGAUAUUCCUCAUCUACAAAUCCCCCACCCUUCUUCAUUGGUCUGAACGGUGUACAGGGCGCCGGGAAGUCUGUGCUGGUUGACAUCUUGAAGUCUACGCUGGCAGCUGAACCACAUAAGCUGUCCACAGUCGUCUUUUCUCUGGACGACCUAUACUUGACACACGCUGAUCAAGUAGCGCUCGCUCGAGCGAACCCUGACAAUGCAUUAUUGCAGCACCGUGGCCAGCCGUCCACGCAUGACGUGCCAUUAGCGCUCUCCGUGUUCGAGAGCUUGAAGGCCAACAAACCCACGAGGAUCCCGCAGUACAACAAAGCUCUGUUCUCUGGCCAAGGAGACAGGGUACCCGAGUCAGAAUGGGAGGAAGUGAACCGUGAAGGAACCACUCCUGUCAAAGUCGUUCUGUUCGAAGGCUGGUCUGUUGGAUUUCGGCCGUUAAGUCAAGAUGCCCUGGAGGCGAAGCACGCCAGCGCUAUUUCCGCCCGAAAUAAUUCCAAUGAAAUAACACCAUAUACCGGCCGCUUAGGCCACAACAGCCUGCAGAGUGUGCAGACGAUAAACGACGCGCUCAGAAAAUACGACAGUCUGACGUCGCAGCUCGAUGCAUUCAUUCACAUCGACGCGCAGGACCCACAGUACGUAUAUAAGUGGCGACAGGAGCAAGAAGUGGGAUUACGCGCCUCACGCGGGUCCGGCAUGACUGAUGACCAGGUCCGGCAUUUUGUUGACGGCUAUUACCCUGCGUACGAACUCUAUACAGAGACGUUGCGCGAGGGUGUCUUCAAGGGUAUCGCUGCGGAUAACGACUGCUCGAAGGGGAGACAGCUCAGGCUUGUUGUUGGCCAGGAUAGGAAGGUGAGGGACGUCAUUGUGAUAUAA